UAGGAAGAGGCCCAGAAUCUAUAUAUACGCGAGAAUAGUAGUGCAUCUUCAGCCGCAAUUACCACUUGUGAGGAGCAAAUUGUGAAUUGCGAAGGUAAUAGUGCAUUUUGUCUUUAUUUAUCCUUUGUAAGUAAUUUUUAUCAUUAAACAUACAUAUGUAUGUACAUACUUAUUACGUAGAAACGACAAGAAAGCGGAUGAUUGCCACUGUAGUUUCGAUGUUAAUGGAGUCGUCCUCAUCGGAAAGCGAAGAUGAGGAAGAACGUAUGAUCGUAGAAGAACUAAGAUCAGAUGAUAUUGGAUUGUUUCUACAAGAAAAAAAUCCACGAAAUUGUGUGUUGAAUUAUAUAGAGUUGACAGUGCCGAGUUACACGGAAAAAUAGUUUCGAAUGCAUUUCCGCAUUUCCAGAAACUUAUUUGAAAGCCUUAGCCAAAGAUUUUCUGUUUCGGACUUUUACAACAAUUUAAGGGCUGACAAAAGGCUUUCAGAAAAAACUCAUUUGCUCGUGUUUUUAUGGUUUGCUGGACAUGAAGCCUGCAGCUAUAGAGACUUAGGGGAUCGUUUUAAUCUAUGCCUGUCAUCAGUAUGUAAAAUAAUUGCCAGAGUUACUAUGUUCAUUAGCUCAUUGAGUUCAGAUGUUAUAAAAUGGCCUACUCAACAGCAAAAACUAGAAUCAAGCGAAUUUUUCAACCGUAAAUGCUACUUUUCUAAGGCAAUAGGUUGCACUGAUGGAACCACAUCCAAAUUGACCCACCAAAGAGAUCAAAAGACGAUUACAUAAAUAGGAAGGGAAUUACGUCUAUCUGUCUGCAAGCGAUAUGUAAUGAAAAGAAGAAGUUUAUAAACAUUUUCGUGGGAUAUCCUGGUUCUAGUCACGACAGUUGGGUUUUACAAAACUCCACUAUUUAUGAUAAGUUGCCGUCGUAUUGUGGAGGUAAGUAAAAUUAAUCAAAACAUGAAAAAAUCUUAUUUGAAUAAGAACAGCAUUUUUAUUUUAGAUUAAUACCUUUUGGGUGAUUCUGCAUAUCCCUGCAAGAAAUAUUUAGUAACGCCCUACAGAGAUAAUGGGCAUUUAACAAAUGCCCAAAAAUACUUUAAUUUAAAUCUGAGCUCUGGACGUAUCGCUAUAGAACACUCGCUUGGCAUGUUGAAACAAAGAUUCCGUCAGUUAUAUUACUGUAAGCUCAGAGGAAUGGAAAAACCUUGCCACUUCAUUCGAGCCUGUUGCGUUUUGCACAAUAUAGCUAACGAAGAUGAUUUGGAUUUUAUUUGCGACACAUCUCCAGAUGUUACUGAUGACUUCACCGCUCAUGGCGACAUUUCAAGGGGGAAUCAUGUGCGAGAUCCUAUAUGCCAAGAGAUAGAACUUCGUCGUAAUACAUAGAACCGCAGUUGUUUGUUUGUGUGAUUAAUUUUAUGGCAUUUUGUUAAAACCACACAUUUCAUUGAAAACAUACUACUAAGUUUAAGCAAUUCAUGUAUUUCAAAAAUAUACCGCAGCAUGCAAGGCUCUGUUUGAU